UUACAGAAGUUUGACAUCAAACAGAAUGGCAAGGUUGGGCUGUUUCAUGUCUGUCUUAACCUUUCUCUUCUUUGUCUUUAUUGGCUUGAUGUCUUCUUCAUCUGAAGCUGCCAUAAAGAAAUACCAGUUUGAUGUUCAAGUGACGAAUGUGAGCAGACUUUGCCAUGCAAAACCCAUUGUAACAGUAAAUGGGAGGUUCCCAGGGCCAACUAUAUAUGUUAGGGAAGGGGAUACUGUGCUGAUUAAUGUCACCAACCAUGCACAAUACAACAUGUCUAUUCAUUGGCAUGGACUUAAACAAUAUCGUAAUGGUUGGGCGGAUGGACCAGCUUAUAUCACACAAUGUCCGAUACAGACCGGAAGCAGCUAUACUUAUAACUUCAACGUUACUGGGCAGAGAGGAACACUGUGGUGGCAUGCACACAUUCUCUGGCUGAGGGCCACUGUGUAUGGUGCAAUAGUAAUCAUGCCUAAACCUGGAACACCAUUUCCAUUCCCACAGCCGGACAGAGAAUUUGAAGUCCUCCUAGGUGAAUGGUGGAACAAUGAUGUGGAAGAGAUUGAAAAGCAAGGGAACAAAAUGGGGUUGCCACCAAACAUGUCAGAUGCACAUACGAUUAACGGGAAACCAGGACCAUUAUUUCCAUGUUCUGAAAAGCACACAUAUGCAAUGGAGGUAGAACAAGGGAAGACUUACCUCCUGAGAAUCAUCAACGCUGCCCUCAAUGAUGAGCUAUUCUUUGCCAUUGCCGGUCACAACAUGACAGUGGUGGAGGUUGAUGCUGUUUACACAAAGCCAUUCACCACUGAAGCUAUACUAAUUGCACCUGGUCAGACCACAAAUGUUCUGGUCCAAGCCAACCAAGUUUCAGGAAGAUACUUCAUGGCCACUAAGGCUUUCAUGGAUGCUCCGAUCCCAGUUGACAACAAAACUGCCACUGCUAUACUUCAAUACAGAGGCAUCCCAAACACUGUCCUCCCUUCUCUUCCUCAUCUACCUGCAAGCAAUGACACAGGGUUUGCUUUGAGUUACAACAAGAAAAUAAGAAGCUUGAACUCUGUUCAGUACCCUGCUAAUGUUCCCCUCAGAGUUGACCGGAAGCUCCUUUACACUAUCAGUUUAGGCAAGAACUCUUGCCCCACAUGCAUCAAUGGAACCCGUUUGGUUGCUUCGUUAAACAAUGUCACUUUUGUGAUGCCAAAAACAGCACUUCUCCAAGCUCACUACUUCAAUAACAAGGGGGUUUUCAGAACUGAUUUCCCUGAUCGGCCUUCAACUCCUUUCAACUAUACUGGUGCACCGCUAACCGCCAAUCUUGCCACUAUAACAGGCACAAGAGUUAGCAAGGUUGCAUUCAAUUCUACAGUGGAGUUAGUUUUGCAGGACACUAACCUCCUCUCAGUUGAGUCACAUCCAUUCCAUCUUCAUGGCUAUAACUUUUUUGUUGUGGGAACUGGUACUGGUAACUUCAAUCCAUCUAAAGAUCCUGCAAAAUACAACUUGGUAGAUCCUAUCGAGAGGAACACAGUUGGGGUUCCUACUGGUGGUUGGACUGCAAUUCGUUUUCAGGCAGAUAAUCCAGGUGUUUGGUUCUUUCAUUGUCAUUUGGAGUUGCACACUGGUUGGGGGUUGAAGACAGCUUUCGUUGUCGAAAAUGGACCAGGACAAGAUCAAUCUGUUCUGCCACCACCAAAGGACCUUCCAGCCUGCUAGCCAAGUCAUCCAUGAAAAAAUAGCCACAGAAAUUGUAUUGAACAACAUUCAAUGAUUUUAGUGUGUUUUUGUCUAUUCAGCCUUCCUGUGAAAGUUGCAGAAGGUUUUCAAUUGAUAAAAUAAGAGGAAAACCAUGUGUGGAAAGAUUUAGAGGAUUUCCAGAAAUUGAAAUUCCAAAAUUUGAUUCGGUAUUUUCUAGUUA